UGGCACCGCGGGCAUCAGUCCAUUCUCCACAACAGCAGCAGUAGCAGCGAGCGCAACGCUAUAGAGCGGCGGCAGGGUCCCUCACAUGAUCAUUUUGAAAUGUUGGAGAAACUACGCUGUACAACAACCUUUUACUCCAGAGUCAAUGCUGUCGAAGUGCACUUUGAAGGCGUCAAAAUGUGCCGUAGCCGGACCAUAUUUUUGUUGAAGUAAGGAAAGGUCGGAAGAGGGGGAGAUUUCCUAAGGAUGAGUAUAGACAACGGGGAGACAUUCAGGCUUUAGCGGUUGGAGCCACUAGAACUUGAGUCUCAGGAGAAAGGUGCGUUCCUACUUGGACAGCGGAAUCUUUCUUAUUUUUUGGAAUAAUCAUGCCUGUUCGGAGAGGUCAUGUUGCGCCACAAAACACCUUUUUGGGGAUAAUUAUAAAGAAAUUUGAGGGACAAAAUAAGAAAUUCAUUAUAGCCAAUGCCCGGGUUCAGAACUGCGCCAUCAUCUACUGCAACGAUGGCUUCUGUGAGAUGACCGGCUUCUCGCGGGCGGAUGUGAUGCAGAGGCCGUGCACCUGCGACUUCCUCCACGGAGAGUUCACCAACAGGCAUGCCAUCGCCCAGGUAGCCCAGGCUCUGAUGGGGUCUGAGGAGCGCAAGGUGGAGAUCACCUACCACCGCAAGGAUGGCUCUGACUUCCUGUGUAACACCCACAUCAUCCCAGUGAAGAACGAGGAGGGCAUGGUCAUGAUGUUCAUCCUCAACUUUGACUACAUCCUAGAGGAGGACAGCAGUGACUCUCUGGAGGGACUCAACCACACGUCUCCUGCCAAAGCUGAGCCAAGGAAAGGUAGAUUAUUUUGUUUCCGGCUCCCAGCCUUACACCUCCUGGGCAUCAGCAAGCAGUCCCUCCCACAGGAGGACCCUGACGCCGUCAUGAUCGACUCGCCCCGCCGCAGCGGAGAGUCGGUGGCCACCCGCGACUUCCGGUCACUGCCCACCCGGGAGAGCUGCAGCCCCUCCUACACCAAUGACACGCGGGCCCUCAUCGGCCCCAGCCACUGCUCCACCCCUGUGUCGGGAUCCCUGGACCACUCGCCCCCCAAGGGGCCCGUCUGGGACAGGCUGGUUCCCCAGGCGGUUCCCCAGGCCCAGCCUCAGACUGUGGGCACUCUGGCCCCCUCCAUCUCAGGCCUGACCCCCACCGCGUCCAGGGAGAGUGUGUGUAGUAUCCGGAGGGCCUCCUCCGCUCAGGACAUGGAGGGUUUUGGCUCCAACUCCAAGAUGGCCUUCAGGGACCGACAUGCAAGUGAAGGACCCUUCAACCAGAUCAAAUCCAGUCUUCUGGGCUCCACGUCUGACUCCCACCUCAACAGAUACAGCACCAUCAACAAGAUCCCCCUCAUCACGCUCAACUUCUCAGAGGCCAACAACGACAAGAAGUGCCCCUCCCCUGCUUCCUCCGAGAAAACCAUCAUAGCCCCAAAGGUCAAGGACCGAACACACAACGUCACCGAUAAGGUCACGCAGGUGCUAUCCCUGGGCGCAGAUGUGCUUCCCGAGUACAAGCUCCAGACGCCGCGCAUGGACAAGUUAACCAUCCUCCACUACAGCCCCUUCAAAGCAGUGUGGGACUGGCUCAUCCUGCUGCUGGUCAUCUACACGGCCAUCUUCACGCCCUACUCCGCCGCCUUCCUCCUCAACGACCUAGAGGAGCAGAAGAGGAGGGAGUGCGGCUACUCGUGCUCGCCGCUCAACGUGGUCGACCUCAUGGUGGACAUCAUGUUCAUCGUGGACAUAUUGAUCAACUUCAGGACAACCUAUGUGAAUCUCAACGAGGAGGUGGUCAGCCACCCGGCGAAGAUAGCCAUCCACUAUUUCAAGGGCUGGUUCCUCAUCGACAUGGUGGCUGCCAUCCCCUUUGAUCUGCUCAUCUUCGGCUCGGGAUCGGAUGAAACCACCACUCUGAUUGGCCUGCUGAAGACCGCCCGGUUGCUCCGACUAGUUCGCGUGGCCCGUAAGCUGGACCGAUAUUCAGAGUACGGCGCCGCUGUCCUUAUGCUCCUCAUGUGCAUCUUUGCCCUCAUUGCCCAUUGGCUGGCCUGCAUCUGGUACGCCAUCGGCAAUGUGGAGAAGCCCUAUCUGGAGCACAAGAUUGGCUGGCUGGAUAACCUGGGCGUGUCCAUUGGAAAGAGGUACAACUACAGUGACCCCAGCUCUGGUCCGUCCAUCAAGGACAAAUACGUCACGGCCCUCUACUUUACCUUCAGUAGUCUGACCAGCGUGGGCUUUGGCAACGUCUCCCCCAACACCAACUCCGAGAAGAUCUUCUCCAUCUGUGUCAUGCUGAUUGGCUCCCUGAUGUACGCCAGUAUCUUUGGUAAUGUGUCGGCCAUCAUCCAGCGGUUGUACUCUGGUACGGCGCGGUACCACCUGCAGAUGCUCCGGGUCAAAGAAUUCAUCCGCUUCCACCAGAUCCCCAACCCACUGAGGCAACGCCUGGAGGAGUACUUCCAACACGCCUGGAACUACACCAACGGCAUCGACAUGAAUAUGGUCCUAAAGGGUUUCCCAGAGUGUCUCCAGGCUGAUAUCUGCCUCCACCUCAACGCGAGUCUGCUCCAGGGCUGCAAGGCAUUCCAAGGGGCUACUAAGGGCUGCCUGAGGGCCCUGGCCAUGAGGUUCAAGACCACACACUCCCCACCGGGUGAUACACUGGUCCACUGUGGAGACGUGCUUACUGCCCUCUACUUCUUGUCACGAGGGUCCAUCGAAAUCCUCAAGGAUGACAUCGUGGUGGCCAUUUUGGGGAAGAAUGACAUCUUUGGGGAGAUGAUCCACCUAUACGCCAAGCCGGGGAAGGCCAACGCAGAUGUGCGGGCGCUCAGCUACUGUGACCUGCACACCAUCCACAGGGAGGAGAUCCUGGAGGUGCUUGACAUGUACCCCGAGUUCGCCGACUACUUCCUCAGCAAUCUGGAGCUGACCUUUAACCUCCGAGACGAGAGCGGCAAGCCUCAGAAUGCAGAGUCAGUCUACCUCUACCCCAGUGAUUCUGAUGGGGAUGACAUCAAAUGCAGAAGAAGGCUCACUAACAAGAGGAAAUCUUCCGCAGGGACCCAGAUCAAAGAGACGUCGGUGUUCUGCGAUGGUGGUGAGCGGGAGAGGCAGCUCUACCCCUCCUCCCAGGCUGUAGCCACCGUGGUGGAGGAGAGGAGAGACUCAGAGGAGAGGGAAGAGGAAGAGGAGGGAGGGGAGGGGGAGGAGCAGAGGCCUCUGUGCUCGGGGGGGCAGGGUUACCCCUUGGUGAGGGACCACACCUUGGGAUUUGGGCUGGGGGACGUUGUUCCGGACGCGUCGGGGGGAGGAGACAAUGUGGAGAGGAGCCAGUCUUAUAAAGACCUGCGUGGGGAGGAGUGGGGGUGCGUGCGGCCCAGAGAGGUCCUGGAGGAGUCGGCCCAGGACUCCCGAAGUGGGGUCGUAGAGGAGGACAGUGAGCCGGACAUCACCUACGGAGAGGUGGAGCAACGUCUGGACCUGCUGCAAGAGCACCUAAACAGGCUGGAGUCCCAGAUGACGUCAGACAUCAAGGCCAUCCUCCAGCUGCUACAGAGGCAGACCACCGUGGUUCCCCCGGCCUACAGCAUCGUCACCUCCAGCCCAAAGUACCAGAGGCCUGCCAUCAGGGUGCAGCCUGUUUCUGCCAUCAGGAUCACAGAGCCUCAACACAGCCUCAACCCUGCUUCACCACUGGCCCAGAAUCCUGACAUGGAGAAGCCCCUGAACAAAUCCAAAGAAUCCAUGUCAUGCCAGGUUCCCACGGAAAUGGCCCCGGAAGAGGACCUCGGGGCAGGACUGCUAGAGAAGGACACAGAGCCCAGACACAUACAAACCAAAAUUGACUCUCCGGAGAAACAACAACUACCUAGAGCCCUCUUCCCCUCCGCCAGACAAGCCUCGCUCCCCGACGCAUCACCUGAAAAUUCCGAAACGCCAGGACUCCACAGGCCGGUAUCCGACCCUGGGCUUCUGGGAAAGUAGGCCCUUUCGCCUACCUGCGCCCCUCUUUCUCACUAUGGAAAACUAGGGCUUCUCUCAAAGUUUGACUCAGGGUCUUAGAAGGAGACUGUAUAUGCAAGGAAUACUGUCGACUUCCUUCCAUUCCUUUUCCAAUAUUUUCUGCCGAUCUCUGAUUUAGAUGUAUUAUAAAGUACAUUUAUACAUAGGUAUUUAUACUGUAUAUUACUAAUAUCUGUAAUUAUCUACCAUGCACAUAUUUCAGAUGUCAUACUGCCAGCAACACAAAGGCACCUAACAUGUUUGUUCUUCCAAGAGAGAAAAGUGCAUGUUUUGGAAGCAUUUCCUGUUGCAUGUUCAAAACACAACACGUCAUGCACUGCACAGUCAUGGUGUGAGGUCAGCAUGCUUUCAGAGUGAUGAGUAUCCGUUAUAUAAUUAUUCCCAAUCGAUGGGGACAGAGCCACGUGAAACUCUCUUUCAAAGGCAUUUUCAAUCUGAAAAUAAGUGUGCCGUUUUAAACUCGUCGCAUGAAUGACCUUAUCAGACGCCAUGUAAUGUAGUUGGCUAGUUAACAAUCUCCACGUGCGACAUUAUAUACACACAAAUAUUUCAUCAUAUAUUGUGCCUAAGUACCUACCGUCCACUUGUCUUUCAAAAGGUCAUCUGAUCAUAAGAGACAAAGAACCACUAUGUAAACUGCAUCUUCUAUUGGAUUAUAAAUACACAGAUAUGCAAAUGAAUAUGAUUUAAAUGGUUGGGAAAGCUCUUCUACAAAGUAUCCCUUACACUGCUAAAGUAUUCCUUACUUGUGAUCACUUUGCACCACAAGUCUCUUUCAUGGGGCCAUGAAAGCAAUAACGACAACAUUAAAACAUUCAUUUACACACAUGAAUAAUAUACAUAUUUGAUUAAUGACUAGAAAUUAGCACGGGUACAUGCCCAAAAGUCAAAAUUGGUCUUUAAAACUUGUACGGCAUGAACUAAAACAAAAGGAAUUACAAAAGGAAUACAUAUCCAUUUAAUAUAGCUACUUUCCUCCCCGAAUCACUGAAUAUGUUUUACUAUUGAAAAUAUUGUCAAAAAAUAAUUUUAUGGGAAGUGUAUGUAUAUUUCUGAGCUAUACAAAAGUAUGUUUUUUGGUAUUGUAUUAAAAACCUAUUUAUUACUGUAACUACACACACACAGAGGCAUGAACCGGGUGGACUAACGAUUAUCUUUCACAUAUGUAAUCGAUGUGCAGGAUCACUUCUCUCUUGAAAGGGCCUGCACUUAACGAAAUGCAUAUCAUUGUAUAAAAGGAGUUGGAACGCAACAUUACAUGUUCAGAUGUAGAAAACUACAAUGAACAGCAACUCUCUAAAGCUGAAUUGCUCAGAUGUAUCUUUUUUGAAUUGUUCUAAGAGGAAUCAGGCCAAAUUCUAUUCCAUUGUCCUUGCUAGUUAUUGAGUAGUUACAUGUAACCAAUUAUGUAAAGGUACAGUAGACAUAGCAGUAUAUCAUCAAACAUCCUCGUUUCAGAAAUCAACUACAACAUUGUAAUCUGCCACUAUUGUCUAUUGCCAAUCAUGCAAAGAGCCAAUAGUAGCAGUUUGACAGAUUUGAUUCUGUUGUUGUCUAUAAGCAGGACGUCAACUUUAAUUAAUACCUUUUAUAAGUACUGUACCCCAUAAUCUUUAUAAGCUUAAACUCUUCUUUCCGUGCAUGUUUAGGGGCUUCCAUUUAUAUUCCAAGAAUGCAGAUUUUAUUACUGUUUCUAACCAAGUGACAAAAUCAAUGCUGAGAUGGUGUCAGACACCGACAACGUAGAGAUUCAGGCCGAGCUAGCAGCUUAGCCCUCGUUAGCCUUAGCUUUUUCUAACCUACAUUAGCCUUCACAAAUGUCCAAAACACAUUUAUUCAGCUGAAUAAUAUGCAUUCAACAGUCAGCAAUGUAAAUGUAUUGAAUAUGGACGGAUUCCGCAUGUCGCAAAUUAAGUCAUUUUAGUUUUAUGACUUAUUUUACACAAACAUAGUCAAGAUGUGUGGUAUUGCAUGGAUCAACAUCAAAUGGCAAUUAGUUUUAACAUAUUUCAAAACAUGUUUGUGAUUUAUCAUGAAAGGGGAAAGUUGGUCUUAUAAAAUGAUAAACAAUGGUAAAUACACCCAUUUUUUCUAUAAGCUAACACAACUUUCCAUAAUUUUUUAAAUGUGUUUUGGUUCAAUUGUGUAUCAGCCCAAGGAGUGAGAUACAUUAUGAAAAACACAUAUCAUGCUCCCAUAUGUAGCAAUUAACAGAUAUACUAAAAACUUUGUAGUCAGGGCAAAUGGAAUCUAGAGAAGUCAUAUUCAUUGGGAACACUAUAGCUAUGCAUGUUUUGUAGCAGUACUUAGUUGAGUUUGAAUUAAAGGCAGACUCAGCAAUAUGACAUAUUGCUGAGUCUACCAUUAAUUUCAGAUCGUACCGGCCCUAUCCUAUGAGUUGUGCCCCUACACAGCUAUAAGCCUUUUCGGAGGGCACAGGUCCUUCGCUCCAUGUAAUGCCAGUUGAGUGGCCACGACUACUCGAUCUCAGUUUUAAAACCCAACACACAUAACCCUGGCAAAACAAGCUAAGGUGCUUCUAGUAUAAACUUUCCAGAGCACAGAUGCUAUACCAAGUAGCUGAAACAUGACAUGUCCAAUACCUGAAGAGUGCCCCACUGAACUUUUCAUAGAGGUCCCACUUUUGCACAGAAAUUAAACAAAAAAAAGUGUGCUUUACUAGAGAAAUUUCACUAGUGCUGUUCACAAUUGUUUUUAUGCAUUUUUUUAAAUGUUUGCCACUGUAUUUUUUACAAUGCAGCACUUAACAGCUGAUAUGAAUGUUUGUCCUUGAAUAUGCUGUAUUUAAAGAAAUGUAAUAUAUUGUGUACAUAUUGAUGAAAACCAUGUGUAAUUGUAUAAAUUAAUAAACAGAAUGCAUACUGACUACAAACUGAGUUUAUUGUGUUGUGAAUAACACCUAUAUCACUGAUGAAUGCCCCAAUGGUCACAAUGCACUUAACUACAUGUCUGAUAAAUAUUUCACCCUGAACUAUAAAAAUGCAGGUUAUCACAAAAAAAAAAAGUUGUACAUGUAAUUGUUGGUGGUAGUUAAUGCAUGCUUCUCUUUGCAAAGGAAUUACAGUGCAUGUUUACAACACAGUGCAGGUUAUU